AUGGCAGUUCGGAGACAACGUCAGUCGCUUGAAUCAGACGCUGUCAUCAUGCAGGAAGAAGAGCACGAGCAGCGACAUGAGGAACAAAAGCUUGAGAUGAUGGAUGAUAUGCGUCAAGAUGGAGAUGAUGAAGAAGAUGACGGUGUAGGUGGUAAACGACGACUCUUUCGUUUUAAACCAGCAUUCGACGUAGUGCUCGUACGUGAAGUUAUACGCAGUUUUCCAUGGUCUGCUGGAUAUGGACGUACACGUUCUGCAUGGAUGAAUGUAGCAACACAAGUACAAACAAUGCUGGAAAGCAUGAAGGGUGUAGCAUUUACACGUGGUAGUGCGUUGGAUCAUGCUAUUGUAAAGCGGCGUGUGGAUAUGCUACUCGAGGCAUUUCGUAAAAAUGAAAUGUCAGGUUUGCGUGGCUCUGGUACACCGGAAGAAUUUGAUAUGCGGAAUAAAUUGCUAGCUAUUUUGGCAAGAGUGGUGGACGAGCAGACACUGAAUAAAGGAGCGAUGCGUGAAAAGCGCGUGCAGUCCGCAUUACAGGCUGCACAACGCAGUCUACAAGAUUUGGAAGGUACUGUGGGUAUAGUGUUGCCUUCGUCAGCGGUACUUACGCCGCCUCCUGCGGUCACGACGCCACCGGCGACUUUGAUGCCUAUUGCCCCAGCACCAGUAGCAUCUCCAGCUAUCCCAUCUCAUGGCAGUUCUAGUCCAGUACCACCAGGUAUAACUGUACAACACAAUGUACAGCAGAAUGGCAGUAAUAAACGCCCGCUGCGUACAGCUACUGUGUCUGUUGCUUCUCCGAUCCAAGAGGUCAAGAGACCCCGGGUAGCAGUAGAUACGACGCUGGUGAUGGAAGAACGGAAGUUACUCCUUGAGGAACGGCGUGUAGCGCUGGAGGAGGAAAGACUAGCUUGGGAGAAGCACAAAUACCAACAGGACGGAAGAGAACGCCAGGCGCUGCUAGACGUGCUGCGCGCACAGAGCUCCCUCGUGACAGAGCUACUGACGCACUUGCGGAGCUCCACGAUAUCCUCAACCACGCAUGACCUGUAA